GCGGCGGCCGUCGACGUAAGACCGGAACGCCUCCUCCCUGUGCAGACCCUUCUGGACCGUCGCGCUGUGUCUCUGCGUCUGCGAUAAUGGCGGCGGAGGAGGGAGAGCAGCAGCUGCAGGCGAAGAAGGGGAAGACGAAGGGGAAGCACGACAAGCCGAAGCCGUGGGACGAGGACCCGAACAUCGACCACUGGAAGAUCGAGAAGUUCGAGCCGUCGUGGAACGAGGGGGGCAUGCUGGAGGUCAGCUCCUUCUCCACGCUGUUCCCGCAGUACCGCGAGAAGUACCUCCAAGAAGCUUGGCCCCUCGUCAAGUCCGCCCUCAAAGAGUACGGCGUCGCCUGCGAGCUCAACCUCGUUGAAGGGUCGAUGGCGGUCUCGACUACCAGGAAGACGAGGGACCCCUAUAUCAUCAUCAAAGCUAGAGACCUCAUCAAGCUCCUCUCUAGAAGUGUCCCCGCCCCUCAAGCCAUAAAGAUACUAGAUGAUGAGGUGCAGUGUGAUAUUAUCAAAAUUGGCAACUUGGUCCGGAAUAAGGAGCGAUUUGUUAAACGGAGACAGCAUCUUGUAGGCCCCAAUUCGUCCACUCUGAAGGCUCUUGAGAUUGUGACCGGCUGCUAUAUACUUGUACAGGGAAACACGGUUGCUGCGAUGGGGUCAUUUAAGGGAUUAAAACAAGUCAGGAGGAUUGUAGAGGACUGCAUCCAGAACAAAAUGCAUCCUUUGUACCACAUAAAGGUUCUCAUGGUGAAGAAGGAACUUGAAAGAGAUCCUGCACUUGCUAAUGAAAAUUGGGAUAGGUUUCUUCCGAAGUUCAAGAAGAAGAAUGUCAAACAGAAGAAGGUUAAGAGUAAAGAGAAGAAACCAUAUACUCCAUUUCCUCCUCCUCAGCCACCUAGUAAGAUUGAUUUGCAACUGGAGAGUGGUGAAUAUUUCUUAAGUGACAAAAGGAAGUCUGAAAAGCAAUGGCGAGAGAAGCAGGAGAAGCAAGCUGAAAAAACUGCUGAAAACAAAAGGAAAAGAGAAGCUGCGUUUAUGCCCCCUGAGGAACUAGUUAAGAAAGAUUCUGCCCAAGCUGGAGGUGAUCAAACUGAUGUUGCUGCCAUUGCCAAGUCCCUUAAGAAAAAGGUGAAGGAUUUUGGCAAGCAAAAGUCCAUUGAGAACAUCAACCCGCAAACAUACAUUGCUUCAUCCGGAGAACAACCGUCAAGGAAAAAGUCUAAGCGGUCCAAGUCAGAGGGAUCAGAGAAAUCAUGAUGCGGGGGCAUGGCGUGACUUGUGACACUAGAAAGCACCACAACUCUGCUCUGGCCAAAUAUGAAACAUUUUAAGGAAUGUGGAGAUAUGGAUCAGUUAACCGUGCUGAAUGGGAAUUUGAGUCAUCCUUGGCAUCGGUCCUGAACCCAAUUUUGGGGAGUUAUAGUAGUUUGCUUGUUAUAUGAACAACUUAUUGAGGAACUUAAUGCCUAUUGAGCAUUCAUUUGCCCGUUCUUGUUUGUGAGACCAUGUCGUUUAGUUAAAACCCUUGCUCUUGAA